GGGGAGGGGCUGGUUUGUUGACAGGAAGCGUGUGAGGCGGAAUCACUACAGCCUUUCUGUGCUUGUAGUUAAGCCUGACAAACUGAGAAUUCACAUUUGGUUACCCCUGUGUGGACUUAAAUUAUGCGUUUUAAUAUCGACCCAGGGCAAAGAUGCAAUGGAGGUCAAUAGUAGUUGGUCUGGUCGUGCUGAGACUCUCUGUCAGCUGUGUGCUGUGGCUAGCCUUCGGACUGGGAUCUAACGUAAGCUGGGGAUUUAACUUCCACCUUAGUUUCAAUUUGCACAAACUUGACUUGUUAUUCAGGGAGGAAAAGGGAACUGACCAGAGGAAUAACGCCUGGUCUCAACGAAUACAGGGCCAUACAUAUGAAGAGACGGCGUCCACUUGUGCAAAGGUGGGAGAUGAGUCCCUCAAGAGAUCCUACCUGAAUCUGUUCGAUGGCAACAAGGACGAGUACGUCCGGAGGUACAGCUCCUUUCCAGACACUCUGAAAGUGAAAAUGAAGGACAUGGCCAAAGAGAUGUUCUAUUUCGGAUAUGACAAUUACAUGAAAUAUGCCUUUCCUGAGGACGAGCUCAACCCCAUUGACUGUGAAGGGAGGGGACCAGACGUACUAAACCCAUCAAACAUCAACAUAAAUGAUGUUUUGGGAAAUUACUCGCUGACACUAAUAGACACCUUAGACACCUUGCUGGUGCUUGGUAAUGUGACAGAGUUCCAGAGAGCCGUCAAACUGGUUAUAGAUACAGUAUCUUUUGACAAGGACUCAACGGUGCAAGUGUUUGAGGCAAACAUCAGGAUUUUGGGAAGCCUUAUUUCAGCUCACAUUCUGCUGACAGACCCAAAACACCCAUUUGGUGAGGUGGGCUUUGAAGGUUAUGAUAAUGAGCUCCUUCACUUGGCUCAUGACCUGGCUGUCCGCCUGCUGCCAGCCUUUGAGAACACCAGCACAGGCAUCCCUUACCCCAGGGUGAAUCUGAAGACUGGAGUCCCUCUUGAUAGCAUCAAUGAGACCUGCACUGCAGGAGCUGGUUCCUUACUGGUGGAGUUUGGGAUUCUAAGCCGUUUAAUUGGAGAUUCCACAUUUGAGUGGGUAGCCAGGAGGGCUGUCAGAGCUCUGUGGAACCUGAGGAGCAAUGAAACCGGUUUGUUAGGAAAUGUAGUUAAUAUCCAGACAGGCCAAUGGGUUGGAAAGCAGAGUGGUCUUGGCGCUGGUAUGGACUCCUUUUAUGAGUAUUUGCUGAAAUCGUACAUCCUUUUUGGUGAAAAGGAAGACUACAAGAUGUUCCAAGCUGCUUAUGAGAGUAUACAAAACCACCUGAGGAGAGGGAGAGAAUCAUGUAAUGAGGGAGAGGGAGACCCACCUCUCUAUGUUAAUGUGAACAUGUUCAGUGGUGAAAUAAUGAACACCUGGAUCGACUCCCUACAGGCCUUCUUCCCUGGCCUACAGGUGCUGAAUGGUGACGUAGAUAAUGCCAUUUGCCUGCAUGCCUUCUACUAUGCCAUCUGGAAGCGCUUUGGGGCUUUGCCGGAGCGAUACAACUGGCAGCUGCAGGCUCCUGAUGUGCUCUUCUACCCCCUAAGACCAGAGCUAGUGGAGUCCACUUAUUUGCUCUACCAGGCAACCAAAAACCCUUUCUACUUACAUGUUGGAAUGGAUAUCCUCCAGAGCCUUGAAAAAGAUGCCAAAGUCAGAUGUGGGUAUGCCACUCUCCACCACGUUGUGGACAAAUCCAAAGAGGAUCGCAUGGAGAGCUUCUUCCUCAGUGAGACAUGCAAAUAUCUUUACCUGCUGUUUGAUGAGGACAACCCACUUCACAAAUCCGAUAACAAGUACAUCUUCACCACAGAGGGCCAUGUUGUGCCUAUAGACAAGCGCUUCAGGGAGAAACAGUGGAAUGAGUUUCCAUGUGAAGAAGGAGCACUGACAAAAGCAGAGCCAAACAACUGGGCUCUCAACAACACCAGCAAUUGCAACAGGAUCCCAGAGGAGCGACGGUAUGCCCUGCCUUUAAAAAGUGUCUACAUGAGGCAGAUCGAUCACAUGGUUGGACUGUUUUGAGUGAGAAGAUGCAGCUGGUGACAUAAUCCUUCAGUAUAACACAAAGGAGCAGAUGCAACAAAGUUAGGUGGGGUCGUCUUUCGGCUAAAACUUCUUGUAGCAUCUGCUCUGUUCUGCUGCUGAGAUUCCAGAAAUCCUGACACUCAAGGAAACCUGAGAAAGCAGUUUGAUUAGUUGUUGUGUGUGUGUAUGAGUGUGUAUGUGUUGAUGUUGUCGACAAAGGUGAACAACUUUCUUGCUGGAUGUUAAGGAGGAGUCACGUUUCAUUACUUUUGGGCUGAUGACACACUGAGAUUGUGAUUUUAGAACAACUGAUGUGCUUUUGUGCAGCAAAAAAUGUGUGGUCAGGUGUGUGUGCGUCUGUGAGAGUGUGUGAAUAUGUGUGUUUAAAUUGCAGCUGAGCUGUGAGUGGUAUUUUUGCAUUAAUGGGAACAGUGCCAUUCAGCCACACAAGUAAAAUGUAAAGCCUAUGGAACACUCACCUCUAAACAAAUCUCUCUAAACCUGAUGAUUAGUGCCUCUUUGCAGUUGAUUCACUUGACUAGAUCAGUGCUUUUACGUAAGGGCUGGAAAAUGACAAAUGAUGACAGCACUUAUGCACAUUCUUUAAAACCGUGGUUGUUAUGAGGUUGUAGCAUGUUUUAGAUUGUGCCUGUAGAUGGUUUGUUGGUCUUUUAUCAGUUUGAGACUAGUUUCCCAAAAUGCUAACACUCGUCACAAUUACAAUAAUGAUUGUUUUUUCCAUAAACAAGAUUGCGCUUAUUCCAGCCUUUAUUUAAAGACAGUUUAAAGCGCCGUCUAACUUGCUUUUGUUUUGUGUAUUUAACAAGUCAAACUUCUGCUCUUUUUUUUCGGUCCAGACAACAUAAUCCCAAAAUGCUUCCUUUCUGUGAACCAGUAACACAUUUCCAAUAACAAAGAGGGAAACUGAGGCAUUUCUCUCAGGCUUCUUGUUACUCAAUGUCUUACAAAGAGCAAAUAGGUGUGUCUUAUGACUUAGUGUGAGGUUUAUCCUAUUUAAAAGUGCCUUAAACUCUUUUUGGUCUUUCUGGGUGGUGUAAAGUGUUGUGGUUAAUCUUAAGUAUUUCUUUUGAGGCCAUUGAUAUUGCACAUUAGGUGUCAUUCCAUGUGUAUGUUAAGUUUUACACUGAUUAUGACAUAAAGCUCUUUUUUUUAGACAUGACAAAACAAGCCAUAAUGUGUUUUAAUAUUAAUAAGUGAGAAGAUAUUUGUAUUCUUCAUUUUUCUGUCAGUUAUGUAGUAUAGACGGAGUCAGUUCACAUGGGGUUGUCAUUUGCUGUUUUUCUUUGUGUUCAUGAUAUUGCACAUCAUCUUACUUAUCAACCAUGUGGUGAAAACUCAGGGUUUAAAGGAAAACAAACUCAUUGAAUGCUUUGUCAAAAAAAAAGUAAAAAAAAAAAAAAAAUCAAACUUUCCUGCGACAUUGCCUACAAUGUCUUAGGAUAGCCUUAGGUUUUUAUAUUGCAGGUCUUAUUACCUGUUAAUCUGAUGUUACAAGAUAACUGCACUGAGCAGAGGUACAGCUGUACUGUGAAUUUCAUUAUUGUUCCAUUCAGACAAGUUUAUGGUGCCUCUUUAACAGUGGUAUUUGGUCCAAGUACAGCUCAUUCGGGCUGUAUUUUCUGACUAGUUCCUCUUUUACCAGACAUCUUAAAGCUCAUCUGACCUUCAACCUUGAUAAUAUCAAACUACAGUCGUUUGGGUUUUUUUUGGCUGCGAGAGACAGCUGUUGUCUUAACUCUUUCCAAACCAUGACAUUUUCCAAUUUGCUCACAUUCUCCCUCUGUAUGUGUCUCAGGUUAUCUUGAAUCUGUAUGAAAUUAAAGGUAAAUCUUUCCAACCUUACGCAUACUGUCAUAAGGAACCUGAACUACUUUGUGAAUUUAAUAAACUACAGAUUAUGAACAAGAUGUUGCUGUGUUGCUUUUAUUUGUAAAAACAUAGUAAAGUACUCAGUUUUCUACAGAAGCUUUAAUAGAUUUAAUCAACUUUUACAGUCAUUUAAUUUGUCUCUGUACAUGAUUGUUGGCUCACAGGCCUGGAGUUUAAUAAUGUUUUUCAUAACUUAUAGGGUAUAUAAAUUAAAAUAUAUAGCAUCUAAGAUUUUAACAAUUUUACAGACCAAUACAGUAUCACUGCACUUCAUGGACUUUCCAGUCAAACACUUUAUUUAUAUACAGGGGCCCUUUAUCUACUGCAAAAAGUAAUCCUCUAACAAUUACACUCUCCUUAUAAACUGAGUUUCUUACCUGUGUGUAUUACCAUGUGUUGACUUGUUUCUGUAUAGAAAAGCAAUUUCUAGUGACAAACUUCCUUUAAUAUUUCUGACAGAGGUUGAAGUGCAUUUGCAGGUGGUGAGGCCAUUUUGUUUUCUUUUACUGAGAUGAUACUUUAGCCUUAUGUCUAUUAACUUUAGUACCUGUUAGAAGAAAUCAUUGAAUGCUGAUAGAAGCUUAAGAUGUUUUAACUACAGAUUGCGUAGCCCUCCAAAGUAUAGUUCAGGACAGAAGUUAGCUUGACUAAUAUUCAACUCAUCUGAAAUCUGCACAGGAUUUUCUGAUGUGAGUGCUUUCCUCUGGUCUCAGGUGGCCAGAAGUCUUUGGUCAAAGCUACAACUCAGUUUUGUACCA